AUGAACCCAGUUCUAUUGCUAUCUAUUUUGACCCUGCUGGAACAAAUACCGGUGCCACGUGAAAGCGAAGCCCUGGAUUGUGUAGAAGUUUGUGCUGGGGAAGCAAAUCUCUCCAGAGCCCUCUGCCACUGUGGUCUGAAGACCAAAGCGUUUGACGUGCGAUACUCUCGCAAUCAUGAUUUCCUACGGACCAUCGGGUUCUUGGCAGUGCUGGCUGCAGAGUCAGGGGACGACGAAACGAAAUUGGUGGAAUCCAGAAGGUGGAUCUUCAAAGAUGGUGCGGGUGAGUUUCCCUAUGGGGGCUUAUGGUUCUCCAACAUUGAAAUGGACAGUGCAGGAAACAAGAAGGAAUUGUCCAACUCGGCCACCUAUCCUUCGGAAUUUGGAUAUGAAGUGGUGAGCCCUGAGGAAAUGAGAAAGAUGAAGGCAACGACGGUGAAAACAAAGAAUGACAAGGCCAUGGAGAGUAAGAGAAAAAAAGUAUUAAAGGAAUUGGAUGAGGAGGAGGCUGAGUUGAAAAGUUUGAUCCGGGUUGGGGAAAGCCUUAGAAAGAAUGCAGACCUAGCAGAGAGGAAGAAGAAAGAGCAGGACAUGUCAAAGAACGAGAACCCCAGGAAGAAGGAUGAUGGGACAAAGGAGGUUGAUGUGGCAGAGCCAAAGGGAAAAGCGAAGAAACAUGACAAGGCUGAGACCCCCAAGGAGCCCAGUGGCCCAAAACAGCCCGAAGCUUCAAGUGCGGCACCUGCCAAGAAGAAAGACAAAGCACAGGCUGAACCAAAGGAGCCCCAGCCAGCCCCCAAGAAUGAUGCCGGUGUGAAGAACGGCAAAAAGGAUGCCCAGACCCAAGACGCAAACAAGACAAAGAAAUCAAAGGCUGAGACCCCCAAGGAGCCCAGCACUGCAGAGGAGCCCCAAGCCUCAAGUGCAGCACCUGCCAAGAAGAAAGACAAGACACAGCAAGCUGAGCCGAAGGAGCCCCAGCCAGCCCCCAAGAAGGAUGAAGGUGUGAAGAAGCGCAAAGAUGAUGCCCGGACCGAAGAUGCAAACAAGACAAAGAAAUCAAAGGCUGAGACCCCCAAGGAGCCCAGCACUGCAGAGGAGCCCCAAGCCACAAGCGCAGCACCUGCCAAGGAGAAAGACAAGACACAGCAAGCUGAGCCGAAGGAGCCCCAGCCAGCCCCCAAGAAGGAUGAAGGUGUGAAGAACGGCAAACAGGAUGCCCAGACCCAAGACGCAAACAAGACAAAGAAAUCAAAGGCUGAGACCCCCAAGGAGCCCAGUGGCCCAGAGGAGCCCCAAGCCACAAGUGGUUGGCUGCCCAAGAAGAAAGACAAGACACAGCAAGCUGAGCCGAAGGAGCCCCAGCCAGCCCCCAAGAAGGAUGAAGGUGUGAAGAAGCGCAAAGAUGAUGCCCGGACCGAAGAUGCAAACAAGACAAAGAAAUCAAAGGCUGAGACCCCCAAGGAGCCCAGUGGCCCAAAGGAGCCUGAAGCCUCAAGUGCAGCACUGGCCAAGAAGAAAGACAAGACACAGCAAGCUGAGCCGAAGGAGCUCCAGCCAGCCCCCAAGAAGGAUGCCGGUGUGAAGAACGGCAAAAAGGAUGCCCAGACCCAAGACGCAAACAAGACAAAGAAAUCAAAGGCUGAGACCCCCAAGGAGCCCAGCACUGCAGAGAAGCCCCAAGCCACAAGCGCAGCACCUGCCACGAAGAAAGACAAGACACAGCAAGCUGAGCCGAAGGAGCCCCAGCCAGCCCCCAAGAAGAAUGAAGGAGUGAAGAAGCGCAAAGAUGAUGCCCGGACCGAAGAUGCAAACAAGACAAAGAAAUCAAAGGCUGAGACCCCCAAGGAGCCCAGCACUGCAGAGGAGCCCCAAGCCACAAGCGCAGCACCUGCCAAGAAGAAAGACAAGACACAGCAAGCUGAGCCGAAGGAGCCCCAGCCAGCCCCCAAGAAGGAUGAAGGUGUGAAGAACGGCAAAAAGGAUGCCCAGACCCAAGACGCAAACAAGACAAAGAAAUCAAAGGCUGAGACCCCCAAGGAGCCCAGCACUGCAGAGGAGCCCCAAGCCACAAGCGCAGCACCUACCGCACAUGUGCCGGUCAACAACAAAGCUACUCCAGGAGGAGCCAACAAUGAGGUCAAGGAUAAGCUCAAGAGAUCAAAUCAGCUUGAUACUGGUUUGGGCCCAAAUGAAGCCAAGAAAAGAAAAACAGGUGGCCCCAAGGAUAGCCAGCUGGCCAUUGAGGACAAGAAAGAACAAGCCAAUGCAGCAAGUGCUCCCAUCAUUGCAGGUGACAAGAAAAGCAAGAAGACAACAAACGAAUUGUCCCCAAAAGAACAUGUGUUCAACAAGGAUUCGGGCUGGGGAGCAUCAAUGACGCCGCUAUCAGACAUCGAUGAAGAUUCUCUACCCAGCGAACACCGGGGCAGGAUUGCUAGAAUGACAGUCAUUGACGAGAACACCAAAGAUGCAAUCCUGUCAAUGAGUAAGGCUAGCGAAAUGGACUACUCGGAGAGAAAAAGACAAUAUGCUGCAAUGCGACGUGCAGUGAUUAAGGAGGCAAACCCAGCCCUGCUUCAGAAAUUCAAAAUGGCCAGCGACAAGGAACGGUUCCAGAUGCUUCAGGCAUGGAUUGCCAACCCCGAUCUCAGCGAUGUGGAGGUGGAGGAGAAGUAUCGUGUUACGGCAUCUGAGACACGCACUGACCACUACUCCACAGCACCGGACAACCCAAAAGCAAGAAUGUACAAAGUCUUCCGGGAGAUCUCACAAGACAAUGCUACGGGUUCUUCCCGGGACAGUGUGGUGUCAGUGGGAGGCCGAGUUAAAGAUGCUGCUGCCAAAAAGAUGAUUGCGAAGAACAUCGGUGACUUCAGUGAACCAGCCCUGAUGGAUCUUGAGUCAGGUGCCUUUAAGGCGAAGAAACCGAAAAAAGAGAAAACGGCCACUGAAAUUGCAGUGGCCGACCUCAAGGCUUUUGAAAAGAAGGUGAAGGCUUUGGUCAACGCAGUGGUUUGCCUGAACGCCCACAUCCCCACGCUGGAUGAAGUGUUUCAGAAAGUCACUGACGAGAUGAAGACCCCUGCAUCUGAGAUCGAUCCAGUGCAGGUUGGUGAGUUCAUAGAUGAACAAAAGGCUGUUUUGAAGACUGUUGAUGUUGAUGUUAAGGACGCCAAACGGCGUAUUACUGCGGCCAAAGGCCCACGUCCCAAAGCUGCUGUCAAUACGGCAGAUGACGGUGCUUCUGAUGAAACUGACUGA